GUUUUUGGGUGGUUGAAGCCUUUCUCAAGCACGAUGCGGUACCUCCGCGCCAAGCACAUUCGUAAGGCGUUGCGGCAGUUCCAGUUCCUCUGCGGGAUCAAGCCCCCGUACAAGGUGUUACUCGAUGGCAACUUCAUCGCGAUGUGCAUCAAGAUGCACGUCGACAUUGCGGUGCGCCUCCCGACGUUCUUGCAGACGAACAAUUGCACGUACUUUGUCACGCGCGCCGUCUUGGACGAACUCAAGCUCUUGAGCGACAAUGCAGACAUGCGAGCGGCAUGGGAAGCCGCUUCGUCUUUUGAGGUCGUCGAGGGCGAUCCUGACGCCACAAACGACGCGACGAACUCGAUGCUGGCCGCCAUUGGCUCACGUAACGACAGAAAGUUCAUUGUGGCGACCCAGGAAACAGAACUGCGCAGCCAACUGCGUCGAGUCCCAGGUGUACCGCUCAUUUAUUUAAAUCGAUCCGUGCUAGUGUUUGAGGACAUGAGCGAAGCCACGCUUCGCAUCAGCCGCAAGGACGAUCAUGCCAAGGCGGCCAAGUUGAACGCGGGCGAAAAACGCAAGCUCGAGGCCGUGGCAUCCUCCACGGUGCGCGAGGCUCCAGAGAAGAAGUCUCGACUGGUCAAACGAGCGAAGGGACCAAAUCCGUUGUCGGUGAAAAAAGCUACCAAGCCCAAGAAGGUGCGAGCUCCCAAGAAAAAAGCCCCCAAGGCCUAACGUCGAACGAUAUUCAACAUUUCCAA